UUUUAUCCAUAUUUAUUCAUAAUGUAGUUUUUUUUAUUACGAAAUCAACGGUGUUUAGAUCAUAAAUCAUUGAUAACCUAUUACAAAAUUUAAAUAACGCCAUCUACAGUUUCAGAUGUGCGGUGAUUAAAGCUCGAAACGAAAGAAAAUCAAGGAAAACGGAUUGCGUAAAUUGCGUUUAACCUGCGUCAAUUUGGUACUGUCAAAUGCAAACAAUCAAUGGAUUUUUGUGUAACAAGUUUCAUAAUAUGAAACGUCAAACAGAAAGAUUCAUCAGAAGUUAAGCUUAAAAAACUGUGUUAUAAUUGAAUUAUUGUUUGGUUAAAAUGGCUAACACUUUAGCCAAUGUACCUGUAUCGAAAAUCAUAAAAAAUACAAGUAGUUUUGAAGAUGAACCUAGAAAGAAAAGUAGAGAAGACUGGCGAAAAGCAAAAGAAUUGGAAGAAGCGAGAAAAGCUGGUACAGCACCGGCCGCAGUAGACGAAGAAGGCAAAGAUAUUAAUCCACAUAUUCCACAAUAUAUCAGUGCUACACCAUGGUAUUUUGGGUCUCAGGGACCUACUUUAAAACAUCAAAGACCACAACCUGAAAAGCAAAAGCAAUUUAGUGGAAUAGACGAGUGGUAUAAUCGUGGUGUUGAUGCAUCUAAAGUAGUAACAAAGUAUCGCAAAGGUGCAUGUGAGAAUUGUGGUGCUAUGACUCACAAAAGAAAGGAAUGCAUGGAACGUCCACGUAAAAUAGGAGCAAAAUAUACAAAUGCAGAUAUUGCACCCGACGAAUUUACCCAACCUGAAUUAUCUAUGGAUUAUGAUGGUAAAAGAGAUAGGUGGGCUGGUUACGAUCCUUCUGAACACAAAGCUAUCGUCGAAGAAUAUCAAAAGAUCGAGGAAGCAAAAAGACAUAUGCGUGCAGAAAAAUUAAAUGCCGAGGAAAAUGACGAGCAAGAUUCGGAUAAAGACGAAGAUAAAUAUGUCGACGAAGUUGAUAUGCCUGGAACGAAAGUAGAUUCUAAACAGCGUAUCACUGUUAGAAAUUUACGAAUUAGAGAAGAUACGGCUAAAUAUCUUAGAAAUUUGGAUCCAAAUUCCGCAUAUUACGAUCCUAAGACGAGAUCCAUGCGCGAUAAUCCUUAUAUCGGUACAGAGAGAGAAGUGGACUACAAAGGUGAAAAUUUUGCACGUUUUUCGGGAGAUACGCAACAGCAUGCAAAUGCUCAAUUAUUUGCAUGGGAAGCACACGAAAGGGGCGUUGACGUUCAUUUACUUGCUGAACCCACAAAAUUAGAAUUGCUCAAACAGGAAUACGAUAAGAAGCGUGAUGAAUUGAAGGACAAAGCUCGCGGAAGUAUAAUUAAUAGAUACGGUGGUGAAGAGCAUCUUGAUGCUCUACCAUCUGCCCUUUUACUGGCACAGACAGAACAAUACGUAGAAUAUUCUAGAUAUGGAAAAAUUAUCAAAGGGCAGGAUAGACAAGUGAUUCGAUCAAAAUACGAAGAAGAUGUAUUUCCAAAUAACCAUACAUCCGUGUGGGGAUCUUAUUGGCAAGCUGGUAAAUGGGGCUAUAAAUGUUGUCAUUCGUUUAUUAAAAAUUCGUAUUGUACCGGUGAAGCAGGUAAAAGAGCAUCCGAAGCCACGAUCGCAGAAAGUAAAAAUAUAACGAACGAAGAACAAAGUUUCGACGAUGAAAAAUUAAAUUCGUCUAAUGAAAAAUCACCGAGCAGCGAUAGCUCGUCCGACGAAGAGGAAAUGAAACCAAAGAUAAUGAAAGUAUCGAAAUCUUCUAAGAAAAAAGAUAAAAGACGGAAACAGAAGGAGAAGCGAAAGAUUAAGGAAAGGAAACAUAAAAUAGAAAAUGAGGAUGAAUUGCAACGAGCAUUGCGAAAAGAAUUAGAAACUCAGAAGAUAGCAGAAAGAUUAUUGCAGAUGGACGAAAGGAAACGUCCUUACAACAGUAUGUACGAAGUGAAAGAAAUGUCGUUGGAAGAAAUUGAAGCAUUCCAAAUGAAACGGCAACGCGAAGACGAUCCUAUGGCGGAGUUUCUUAAUAAAUAAUUGUUAAGUUGUUAUUUAAGACAAAUUUUAAAUGAUUAUUUAACAUUAUAAUUGUACAUAUAACAUUUAAGUAAAACGUAUUUAAAGAUAAAUAAAAAUUUAAACUUGUGUAAAAAAUUAUAUGUAUAGUACAAGACAAAUAAUAUUGUAAAAUGGAAA